AUGGCAGGCAGCAGCAAGCCUCUCGUGCUCGUCCUCGGCGCAACCGGGUUUACUGGGCAGAGCGUCGUCGAUGGGCUGCUGAAAUCCGGCGAGUUUCGCGUCGCUGCCCUCAUUCGUCCGGCAUCGGUCUCGAAACCGCAAACAGAGACCCUCCGCGCAUCUGGCGUCGAGAUCCGGCUGGGAGACAUCACGGACGCCCCCGCAACGCUCCGAGAGACACUCGCGGGCGUAGAUAUCCUGAUAAGCGCGGUGAGCGCGUGGAUCAUCGACGACCAGAAGGAGAUCUUCCGCGCCGCGAAGGACGUCGGCGUGAAGCGCGUCGUGCCUUGCGACUGGGCGACGCCGGGCGCGAAGGGGCUGCGUGAGCUCCACGACAAGAAACUCGCGAUCCGCGAGUUCGUCCAAGACCUAGGGGUACCAUACACGUUCCUCGACGUCGGCUGGUGGAUGCAGAUCUCGCUCCCGCUCCCCGCGCGCAGCGCCACGCACAUGAAGGCGAAGACGUACCAGGUGUUCGGGGACGGCGCGAACCGGCUGCUCGUGACGGACCUGCGGCACAUCGGCGCGCACGUUGCGCGCGUCGUCGCGGACCCGCGCACGCUCGGGCACGCGGUCAUGAUCUGGGAGGACGAGCCGACGCAGCUGGAGACGCAUGAGAUCGGGGAGCGGUACUCGGGGGAGGGCGAGAGUAUCAAGGCGCAGAGGCAAUACGUGAAAGCCGACGAGGUCCUUCAAUGGGUUGCUGAGGGCAAAGCGGAGCUCGCGCGUGGGGUGGACACUCCCGAUGUUCUGCUGAAGGUGCACUGGAACAUGUACAUGUACAGCAUGCACAUCCUGGGCGAGAACACGCUAGAGAACGCCAAGCGGCUGGGAUACCUCGAUGUCCGGGAGCUCUACCCCGACGUUCCGCGGUACACCCUCGAGGACUUUGCGAAGGAGUUCUACACAUGGGAAAAUCCGGGGAAGGUCUUUGAUAGGCAUGGGUGA